AUGAUACAAACAAAUAUUUUAUAUCUUUUAAUAGUAACAGGAUUUUGUUACCAUUUAAAUAAUAUUUCUCCUGGUGGCCUUUUUAAAGGUGUUAUUCAAUGUUCCAGAAUACCAUUAAAUGGCAUUAUUGUAACAAUUUAUGAAAGAGAAAGUUUAACAUUUGUUUCUAAUAGAACAAUAGAAAAUGGAUAUUUUGAAUUGGAUGUUGAUAAACAAUUAAAAAAUUUUUUAAAUGGGUAUAUAGAAUUUUACUAUCAUUGUCCUGGAUAUAAUAAAAUUAUAUAUCUUGAAGUUAACCAAGUAGCAUUAAUAAAAAAUUCAAAUAGUUACUUAAAGGAUAAAAUAUAUUAUUUUGGAAUCCUGGAUCCAGCAGAAAUUGAUAAAAUAAAAGAUACAGUUGAUUAA